UGUUGAGAUGGUCGGCAGAUGCAGAAGUAACAGCACCACACACACAUCAAGUGGCUUCACACACUGUUUUAAUCAUUUGCACGAGGAAUAUCGGAUCACCAAGAGAUCAGAUUGGCUUGGAUAAGAAAUAUUCCUCUUUCUGUGACAACCUCUUCACACUGGUUACAACUGAGCCUACAGGAACGCACACAUCUCAUCGGAAAUUCGCUUUUUGCUUUGGAAAUCUGAUGCGUAAUGGUGAUCUCCAGAGAGCUGUCUGAGAAUUAAAACGUUUUCAUUUAAAAUGCAGGUCAUUCUGUUCGUUUCGGUAGCUUUUCUUUACAUUUUAAAUGCUAUUGCGGAAACUAAACCCAAGUGCCCGGAGCGCUGUGAUGUGAGUAAGUGUCCGAGCCCGAGCUGUCCGAGCGGGUAUGUGCCGGACCGCUGUAACUGCUGUCUGGUGUGCGCACACGGAGAGGGCGAGCCGUGCGGCCGCAAGGACGAUCUGCCCUGCGGGGACGGUCUGGAGUGCAAGCACCCGUUUGGAAAGAGACUGUCCAAAGGGGUCUGUCAGUGUAGGUACAGCAGUAAAGUGUGUGGCAGUGACGGGAACACGUACGGGAACAUCUGCCAGCUGAAGGCCGUGAGCAGGAAAGCGCUGCAGCAGGGUCUGCCCGCGGUCACCAAUGCGCACAAAGGACCCUGUGAAAACAAUCAAGGUCCCACACACCCCAACAGCCCGAGGUACAGAUUCAACUUCAUUGCUGACGUGGUGGAGAAGAUCGCCCCUGCUGUGGUGCACAUUGAGCUGUUCCUAAACCACCCCCUCUUUGGUCGGACGGUUCCUCUAUCCAGUGGUUCUGGUUUUGUAAUGUCAGAGACUGGGCUGAUCGUGACUAAUGCUCAUGUGGUGUCCAGCACCACAGCUGUUUCGGGUCAUCAGCAACUCAAAGUACAGAUGCGUGAUGGAGAUGUGUAUGAGGCCACUAUCAAGGACAUCGACAAGAAGUCUGACAUUGCCACUAUCAAAAUCAACACACAGAAAAAGCUGCCCGUUUUAUUGCUGGGUCACUCUGCAGACCUGCGCCCGGGUGAGUUUGUGGUCGCUAUCGGCAGUCCGUUUGCCCUGCAGAACACAGUGACCACAGGAAUUGUCAGCACCGCACAGAGAGAUGGGAAAGAACUGGGUCUCCAUGACUCAGACAUGGACUACAUCCAGACUGAUGCCAUCAUCAACUAUGGGAACUCAGGUGGACCACUCGUUAAUUUGGAUGGAGAGGUGAUAGGAAUCAACACCCUCAAGGUAGCUGCAGGGAUCUCAUUUGCCAUUCCCUCAGACAGGAUUACUCGAUUCUUAAAUGAUUCAUUGGGAAAGCAAAACAAAGAGACAAGAUCAGUGAAGAAGCGUUUCAUUGGAAUACGAAUGCUCACCAUCACAGAAACUCUCGUGGAAGAGCUGAGGCAGCAGAAUCCCGAUUUCCCUGAUGUCAGCAGUGGGAUCUUUGUCCAUGAGGUGGUUCCUCACUCCCCUGCUCAGAAAGGGGGUAUCAGAGACGGUGACAUCAUCGUUAAGUUAAAUGGAGAGCCGCUGGUGAACACCAGCGAACUGAAGGAAGCGCUCAAUCGAGACACAACUCUCUUGCUGGAGGUGCGCAGAGGCAACGAUGACCUGCUCUUCAACAUUGAGCCUGACAUCAUCAUGCAGUGAUGUCAUCAGCUCUCAGAAUGUGAAGCAUCAAACUUUCAUCAUGUCAGUCAUGCGCUGUCAUGACCAGAGGAAUGUCUAACCAUCCUUCUGUGAAACACCGAGGACCUUGAGCUUUCGCAAUCUCAGUCAAGUCUGCCAAGAGAUUUUAUAUGAAAAGCAUUUCAUAACAGCACGCUCUCUUUGAAGCAGGUUUGAUGUGGAGAAUGAUUUGUUCAUGGCAAAUUUGAAAACUUGCAGUACUGUAUUUUGUAGAAGAAGACAAAGCUGGUGAUAUUUUUGAAGUUUGUACCAGAAACAGCCAAAAGCCAAAAAUUUUAUAUUAGAAUAUUUAAUAAACAAUUGAAAUUUACAUAAGUAACCACAUAAGCAUACUUAAUAAUAAUAAAUAAAUUAUAAUAAUGAAUAAAUAAACAAUAUUCUAAUAAAUUACAUUAAUAUUUUUUAAUAAAAAUUAUCAUUAUCAUUUUUUUAAUCUUAUAGAUGUGGAUUAAUUAAAUUUGUAUUCAUUGCUGAAACUUUAUCGUAGCACCAGUGGCAAGAAUUAAUUGCUGUGCAAGGUUGUUGUCGUUUUUUUUUUAAAUACAUUUUCUUAUAUGUUGUCA